AUGGCCGAGAAGAAAGUCGAUCCAGCGACCGGCGAGGCGUACACGCUGAAGGAGCUCAUGGCGCACUACAAGGGGACGUACAAGAAGAGGGAACUGGAGGAGUACUGGGACAACCACUGCAAGCCUGUCAAAGUUCGACAGAGCAAGGGCAAGGCGACCAAGCCCUCGAAGGAGGCCAAGCCCGAGCCCAAGGCGAAGGCCAAGGCGAAGGCUACGGCUAAGGCAAAGACCGCACCGUCAAAGCCGAAGAAGGAGUCAAAGGACGAUGACGAGGCGCCGAAGGGUCUCCGCACUGGCAAGGACGCCGGUGCCUCGGGCCUGGCCAAGCUCCGUACCUUCAGCCGCUGCGUGCUCGCCGAGUACGUGUGGCUGGAUGCGGACGGCGUCACGCGAUCCAAGACCAUGACGAUGACCGCGCGACCUGUCAAGGUCUCCGACCUGAAGGUGUGGAACUACGACGGAAGCAGCACGGGCCAGGCCGAUGGGCACAACUCGGAGGUGCUCCUGAAGCCUCGGGCGAUUUUUAACGACCCCUUCCGGGGCUUCCCGCAUGUGAUGGUGCUGGCCGAUGCCUGGCAGGCCUGGGACGACAAGCCUGCCAAGAACAACACCCGCGCGGCCUGCGCGGAGACCAUGGACAUGUACAAGUCGCUCGACCCUUGGUUCGGUAUCGAGCAGGAGUACACCCUGAUGAAGCCAGGCAAGGUGGGCUUGAAGCCGACUAUGCCUUUGGGCUUCAACACGGACGGCUCCGAGCCGGCCCCGCAGGGACCGUACUACACAGGUGCCGGCUACAACGUGGCCAUUGGCCGUCCAGUGGCAGAUGAGCACUACAAGAUGUGCCUUGAGGCCGGUGUCAAGAUCUCGGGCAUCAACGCCGAGGUCAUGCCCGGUCAGUGGGAGUUCCAAGUUGGCCCUUGCCGCGGUAUCGAGAUGGGUGACCACCUGACCAUGUCACGCUACAUCAUGCUGCGCGUCACAGAGAAGCACGGCUGCGUUUGCUCCUUCGACCCCAAACCGAAGGAGGGCGACUGGAACGGCGCCGGCUGCCACACGAACUUCUCCGUGACCCCUAUGCGUAUCAAUGGCGGCUACGACUGCAUCAUCAAGGUCUGCGAGGCCUUCGGCAAGGUGGCCAAGGAUCACAUUGCCGAGUAUGGUGAGGGCAACGACAAGCGCCUCACGGGAAAGCACGAGACCUGCGACAUCAACACCUUCAAGUAUGGCGUCGCCAACCGUGGUGCGUCCAUCCGUAUCCCCCGCGAUGCCGAGAAGGCAGGCCGCGGCUACAUGGAGGACCGCCGCCCGGCGGCCAACUGCGAUCCUUACCGGGUCACCAACAUCAUCAUGAAGACCACGGGAGAGUGCCUCAGUGCAGAGAUCGUUGAGGCCGGAUCCAAGACCCACACCGCCUUCGUCUUCAUCAAGCCGCAUGCCGUGACCGACAAGGUCAAGACGCUCGUGAAGGACAAGCUGACUGCUGAGGGCCUCACCAUCAAGCACGAGGGCUCGAUCAAGGCCGAGCUGAUUGACAAGAAGAAGCUCAUUGACACCCACUACGGCGCCAUUGCCGCCAAGGCUGUCAAGAUGAAGCCCUCGGAUCUGACGGUCCAGGAAAAGGCUCAGGAGGAGUUUGAGAAGCAGUUCGGCGUGAAAUGGAGCAAAGUCAUGGAGGAUGGCCUGGUCUACAAUGCGAUGGAUGCCGCCAAGAAGCUGGGAAUCAGCCCGGACGAGCUGGGCAAGAAGUACGACCAGCUCAAGAAGGGCGAGACGAUCAUCAAGUUCGGCGGUGGCUUCUACUGCGGCAAGGUGGACGGCAUCUACGUCAUCAACGGCUUCUACAUGAACAUGCGCUCGAAGUUCACCGCUCCGGGCACCAGCAUCUACUACUACGAGGUGGAGUGGCCGGCGGAGAAGAUGUCCUGGGCGGACUUCCGAGGCAAGCUGCUUGGCCCCACAGACCCGGCCACGGCCCCUGCCGGCUCCCUCCGCAACCUGAUCUACAAGGACUGGAGCGACCUGGGGCUGAAGGCCCAGCCGGACACCGGCGACAACGGCGUCCACGCCUCUGCCUCGCCGUUCGAGGCGCUGGCUGAGCGAUCCAACUGGGUCCGGGCUUCCGUUAGCAAGGACGCCUUCGGCAAGGCGCUUCUGGCCAGCGGAGUCAGCAUGAAGAUGGCAAGGGAGUGGUUCGACGAUCCCGCCGUCGAGUUUGAGGGCGGCAAGAAGUCUGUGUUUGACAUGCUGGAGGAUCUGGACGCCGGCGAGUGCCUGAAGAAGUUAGCGAAUCUGUUGAAUGAGAUCAUUGCUUUCAAACUCCAGCAGUGGUCGCUUCGAGAGUGA